CAGGAUCAGACUGCGUGUCAGUGCCGAGGAACUUGCAGCGGGCUGUGAGGCGCCUUUUCCCUCUCUCCUCCCCCUUUUCCCGUCGCUGUUUGGGAAGUGCCCGAAGUCCAACAGCCGCUUCCGACCCCCGAAUCGUCCGCUUUGUCCGCCAGGAGCGACUGUGCGACUUCCUGUGGCCUUUUGUUGUCGGCCCUGCAGUUCGGCUUUAGUCGGAAUCUCUCGGGAAGACUCGGGCGCCUUCGUGUGACUGUGCGAGUGACGCAAUCAGCGCUGUCUCCUCCCCGCUCACCCCAUGCUCUGUGUGAAGAUGGAUCUGCUGAACUACCAGUAUCUGCACAAGAUGAACAAUAACAUCGCCAUCCUCUGCUAUGAAGGGGAAGCAGCAUUACGGAAUGACCCCAGGGUCCAGUCUCUCCCCAUGUCCUCUGCUCUAUCCAACCACCGGACAGCUCCUCCCCCCAUCAGCCCCAGCAAACGAAGGUUCAGUAUGGACCAAGGAGACGACGAACUAGAGUGUGACAACGACCAUGUCUCCAAAAUGAGCCGGAUGUUUCCUCCGCACUUAACCAAGAGCCUUAAUGGGGAAUAUCGAAAAGAGCACAGAGACCGGAGCAGGAGCCCUAUUGAAAGAGCAGCAGCGCCGACCAUGAGUCUCCACGCCAGCCAUUUGUAUGGUAUCCCACCCCUGGCAAUGGAUCAGCCACUGGCACUUACCAAAAACAGUAUGGAUGCUUCGCGAAACAUGGGAAUUGUGCCCCCCAUGGAACGGCAACAGAACCGACCUUCUGUGAUUACGUGUGCACCAGCGAGUAACCGGAACUGCAGUCUGUCUCACUGCCCCGUCACCCACAGUGGCUGUGCCUCUUCUGUGCCAGGCAACUUCCGACGGCCAUCGAACACUACGACUGCCUGUGACCCAGUGGUGGAAGAGCACUUUCGCAGAAGUCUCGGCAAGAACUACAAGGAGCCAGAGCCCGUGGCCAAUUCUGUGUCGAUCACUGGUUCUGUUGAUGAUCAUUUUGCCAAGGCACUUGGAGAUACCUGGCUCCAGAUCAAAGCUGCCAAGGAUGGUGGGCCUAGUAGCCCUGAAUCUGCCUCACGUAGAGGUCAAUCAUCCGCGUCGGCUCACAUGAUGAACCACAAUCACUCCCCGUCUGUCCUCUCUUAAAGAGACCAUCAAAGAAGCAUCAUUAAAGAGCGAGUGAUAUGACUGAGCUACAGACCAGUGUCGGGGGAAGCGCAUUGAGUUGGCUUUUCUUUAAUAACUUGUAUACGUAACCUGGCGUUUCUCCGAUGCCUUUACUCUCUAGCAGGAACAGUUGUUUUCUAAUAUUCUGCCUCUGUUACCAAAGAAACCUCCACUGCAAAUUUGCCGCCUGUUCCGAGAAAAAAAAAAAA